AUGAAAUGCUACAAAUGCCUUAAUAAGUUUAUAGUGAGCAGCUUUAAUUGCAGUAGAAGAAAUACAAGUUGGAGAGGAAAAAGAUUAUAUUUUGUUUUUAUGAAAUUUAUUCCAAUUUUAAAUAAAGAACAAAUUUUUUGAAAGUUAUGACGUCGUGGUGGGUCGACAAAUAUUUGGCGAGAAAUUAAAAAAUGCAGUGACAUUUUUAUUGAAAUGACUAUUACAUAUAAACACCAAAGUUUUUAA